CGUGACUUCAUGAAUUUCGUAGUUCGGUGAGUACGGUGACGCUUUCUCCGAGAUAACGGGCGGAAUAAAGGGCAUCGGUGUGCGGGGUGCAUCGCGUGCCGAACAACGGGCUGACUCGCGCGCGCGAGUGGAUAGAGAUAAUAUACAGAAUCCGCGAGUGAGUGACGACCGGACGGACGGACGGACGGACGGAAGAACGAACGAACGAACGAACGAACGAACGAACGAGAGGGCAAGCAGCGCCAUCAAGCAGCGUGAUAAAAUGAAUCGCGAGAGGCGGCUGUGAGGAAACCAUCGACAAAGCGACGAACCCCCGACCAGCCGUGUCGCGGCACCACGUCCACGCACGGGUGGAAAUUUAAUUAGCGGCUGCGACCGAGUGUCCCGCGAAUCCGGUGUGGAUCACCGGCCGGUUGGGGUCCCACCUUUUACCAUCUCCUCCGGAGAGUCGGCUGCGAGGCCGACAGCCGACGACGACGGUGGCGGCGGCAACGACUACGACGACGACAACGAUUAAUCAGGAAAAGGAGCGCGACGUUGAGGCUCAGGGCUUCUACUGAGGACGAACACAGGGCGCCGGUCGCGGGGGGAAAAAAAACUGCCGGAGAAGACUCACCCGAGACGUGACUGGGAGCUUUUUACCGUAGGGAAAACGUCAUCUGUUUGCAUAAACAAUGGCAGCGUUACCACGGAGGAUUAUUAAAGAAACUCAAAGAUUAAUGCAAGAACCAGUUCCUGGUAUCAGCGCUGUACCAGACGAUACUAACGCUAGAUAUUUUCACGUAAUAGUAACGGGACCUGAAGACUCGCCAUUUGAAGGUGGACUAUUUAAGCUCGAAUUGUUCCUACCAGAAGAUUACCCAAUGUCCGCACCUAAAGUUAGGUUUAUCACAAAAAUAUAUCAUCCAAAUAUAGACAGAUUGGGCAGGAUUUGCCUGGAUAUUCUCAAGGAUAAAUGGAGUCCAGCGCUUCAAAUCAGAACAGUUUUGCUGUCCAUACAAGCGCUUCUGAGCGCGCCGAAUCCUGAUGAUCCUUUGGCAAAUGAUGUAGCUGAACUUUGGAAAGUCAAUGAAAGCGAAGCGAUACGUAAUGCCAAAGAAUGGACUCGAAGAUACGCUAUGGACAACUGAUCUCAGCCUUGUCAGAUCGCCCACGACAAAGCAAAGCGACGUUACUCCUACCUUUCCCAGACUUUUGAUCACCUUACCCGCACCAACUCCGUAUCCGGCACCUGUGUCCACAAUUUUGCUAUAAAAAUAAUAAAAGUUUUGUAAGAGUAAAACAGAAUGGAUAUUUUCUAUAUCGUGGGGAAAUGCAAAGCACUGUUGGAUUUAUUCAAUCGCUCAUUAAAAAAAUAUCUUCCUACAUUAACGUUACGUAUCUACAAGAGGAAGCCACUCUCUCUCUCUCUUUCUUUGUGAGAAGUAAAAUAUGUUACGCGACAUAAGUUUGAAAUUAAAUUAUAUUAAGAAGAAGUAUGCGACAUAUAAUUCUUUCAAUCAAAUAUAUUUCUACUAAAACUAGAGCAAUUUGCAACUUAUACUUUUUUUCUUCCUAAUGUAUGUUAUUUAAAGAUAAAAUUGAAAGAUCUGUUUUAACAUACAAAUUCUUUUCUUUGAAACAAUUCUAUGUAUGCUAACUGGUUGUCUUUGUCUAAUACACUAUAGAUUUAAAUAUCCUUGCAUACGUAGAAUAGAAAAUGAUGAAGGUCGAUGAGUAAUAGCUAUUAUUUAUUUCACACGUCUUACAGAUAAUACAUUAAAGAAGGUACGAAAGAGCAUUUCCGAUCUAUGUAAACUCUUUCAACACUAAGAAUUAUUUUAUUGCAAGGUGUAGAUUGUCGCGGAGGCUAUUUAAUUUUUAAUAUGUAAUAUAACAAAAAAACACUCGAAUACAUUUAAUUUGUGCUCGGAAAAAUUGAACUACGAGUGAAUAGAAAUCUUCCAUUAUGUAUUAGUAAUAAUUGCCAAUUGCUUAUAAUGUGUAAAUAUAAGAAUAGGAAAAGUUCUUUAUUGUAUCUCACAAUUUUAUUCAUCAUACAACUAUAUAACAAAAUUGAUCUUAUUGAAAGAUAUAAAUGAAGAUUGUUUUACGACGAUUGUGAAGAAGAAACAAUGUAAAAUACAUGGUUAAAAAUUGUGUGUGUGUAUAUACACACAACACACGUACGUAAAUAUUUUCCACUUGAUAAAUAAAAUUAACGAACGUAACAAGAUUGAGCAUACAUAAAAGAAAAUUUGAAUUUACAUAUAUUGUACAUUAUGUGAUUAAAUAUAAUAGAAAAAUAGUAGAAACAAUAUCUUUGUAACAAAACGAUGGCAAAAUUAUAGUAUAUAUUAAUAGAAAUAUGACUAUUAUAAUUCAUUGGCUCAACAAAUUAAUAUAACCGGCUUAAUAAAAAUGUCAAUGAUUUAUACUUAAUGUAUGUUUCAUUGGAUAAAAUGUGAGAAAAAGUACAACCAGUUAGUAUAUAAGUAAAAAAUGUAAAAAAAUGGGGGUAUCGCAUUAAUGAUUCCUUUUUAUUUUAAAUAAUUACAACAGGAGAGGUUUUGUAAUUUAAGGACACGGGAAUAGGUUAAAACAAUUGUAGAUAAUCUGCAAUAAUAAAGAAAUUAUUAUUAAGAGUUUGGGAUAUAUAGAAUAAUUAUAUUCUAUUGUAUGCAUUAUCAUAUUGUGCCAAUAUGGUACGAAAGAUUUUCCAAAAGCUGCGAAAUAAUUAACGUACGUCAGCUGUACGUUAAGAUCCAAAAAAUACUGUACAUUGUACGUUAAAUACUGUACAUUUCAUUAAGUAAUUAACAAUUUAUUAUGUAUUUUAAGUACGUUAGUUUCCUUUUUUAUGUUUGAUCAUUGCUUUACUGGAAUAUGUUAACAUAAUAAAAUUUACAAAAUAACAUUUUAUUUUAGAUAAACUUCUAUGUUGCUGUUAGUAAUUAGUAAUAAAAUGUGGAAGCUAAUAUCAUAAUAAAGUACUAACAGAAGGAGAACAAU